AGUUUCCAAACGGAAAUGAUCGAUAUCAUCAAAUCAUAUAAUCAAGAUUGCUGCUUCAGCUGCCGACGUAUCAGUUGUUUUCACCAUCAGCCGAGAGUGUAUCCAACACAAGGCAUCAGUACACAAAAGUCACGUGACCUGAAUAUCAACAUGGCCUGCGAAAUGUCGAAAACCACACGGGUCUCCCCUGUUUUACGUCAUCUACGGAAGCUGCAGCAGAAUGCGAAGGCAAAUAAUGCUCCAAGCGACGCUCUGAUACAGAUAGAGACAUGCAUAGACUGCAUUCACGCCAGGAAUGACUAUUGUGAAACCAUAUCUAGUCCUCCAAGUGACGUCAUAGACAACAUCGUCACCGAGACGGAGACCCAUCCCUGGCAGCAGGUGCGCGAUGAGGGCAAAGUCCUUUCUGAUGUCGCACCCAUAAUGUUGUCUGGCGCACUGGAAGGAACAUUCUUGAAGAUGCUCACAGGAAUGUCAAAUGCGAAGCGAGCGCUCGAGAUUGGUCUUCUAACCGGAUGUAGUGCUCUUUCCAUAGCAGAGGCACUUCCGGCUGACGGAGAGGUAGUCACGUGUGAGAUAUCAGAAUAUCUUGCCAGUUUAGCCAGGAAAUUGGUUGACCAUUCACCACACGGAAAGAAAAUAAAAAUAAUGACAGGUCCCGGUACAGAUUGUCUGCAACAGAUGGCCAAAGAAGGACAGAAAUUCGACUUUGUCUUCAUUGACGCCGACAAGCCUGGGUACAUAAGGUACUACAAGAUUAUUAUGGACAACGACAUGUUGACUCCCCGGGGAACCAUAUUGGUGGACAAUGCGUUAUAUGCUGGCAUGUCCUACUUGCCUCAGGACAAGCUGCAACUUUCCGCGAGAUUUACCACCACAAACCACGUGAUGCGAGAGUUCAACGAGUAUGUGUACAACGACGACAGAGUUUCUCAGGUCUUGUUGCCUAUCCACGACGGAGUGAUGAUUAUCAGGAGGAAGGAGGCAUUCGAGGGAACAGCCUAAGAAUGGCAGGAACGCAAUUGGAAAUGAACAGCGGAUUAUUGGACCAAAAGUCUGACCAUUGACACUAUUCCGUCUUUGCGUAUUGCAGAGUUAUCUUCUCUUGGGAGCAGGUAUUGAUUGUUACGUCAUUGG